AUGAAGGUCUUCUACGAUCUCGACUGCCUCCUCCACGAUCCUCCACAUGAGAUCUUGUCCGGUAGGCUCGUCCCGUAUCUAGAGAGUCCUGAUCGUGUCCGGCGCAUCAAGGACGCUCUCACGAAGAGUGGUUCAUUUGAACUCCAUCUUCCGGAGCAAAACUGGCCCCAUGACAUAUUGCACUAUGUUCGGAUGGUCCACUCGGAGGACUAUGUGAACCACAUCAAGAACAUCUACGACGAGUGGGUGGCAGAAGGAGGCGACGAGAGCGCCGUGUUCCCUGAGACUUUCCAGCACCGUCAACUCUCCAUGUCCCGGUCCGGCAGAAAGCUGUCAGCUAUUGCCAGAGCAGGCGUCUAUUGCUUCGACCUCAGUUGCCCCAUCACUGCAGACACAUACAAUGCGGCCGUUGCCUCCGCGAGGGUCACACUUUCGGCGGCGCGAGCCCUGUCCGACAAUCGCUCGGAAGCACCCCCCGCAGUCUUUGCAUUGUCGCGUCCCCCUGGUCACCAUGCGCAGGACGCCCUCUGCGGCGGCUACUGCUUUUUCAACAACGCUGCGAUCGCGGCGAAGUAUUUGCUCGAGGACCGGGGCAGCGGUGCAUUAGCUAUACUGGAUGUCGACUACCACCACGGAAACGGAACCCAACAGAUCUUCUACGAAGACCCGCGAGUGCUGUAUGUCUCGCUUCAUGCAGACGGCGACUACCCGUAUUUCACUGGUGCCACAGACGAGCGUGGUGCCGGCGCGGGGCUGGGAUUCAAUCACAACUUCCCCAUCUCACGGCGGGCUUGUACAGAUGAGGUGUACUGCGACACGCUUCAGCAGGCCGCUGAAGUGAUCAAGAAGCAUACCAUCCACUAUCUCAUCGUAAGCCUCGGAGUGGACACCUAUCAGGACGACCCCAUCUGCAAGCCGACUCUAUUUGUGAUGGAGGGGUGA